AUCCGCCAGGUGCCCUUUGCCAAGGAUCCGUUUCCUCUACUUUUUAGUAGUGCUGUUUCCUUUUCUUGUGUCCCGGCCCUCCUGGACUGCGAGCCUGUCUGGAACCCGGAGCUGUCCUACAGCUUAAUUCGAAAAAAGAGUCGGCCGUUAAGAGACAGUGCGUCCAGGAGCGAAAGGGCAAAGAUCAUGCAGCAUGUUUCAGUGUUUGGAUACCCCACUCCGCCAGCGUCCCCGGCGUUCGGCCAGCCGUGCACCAUCCCGAGCCAGCACAUCAACGUUCAACAACAACAACAACAACAACAACAACCACAACAACAGCCGCGGUUCGCUCCACUGGCCCCCGAGGAGAGAUUAGGCCAGUUCGUCACCAGCUCGCUGCAGCUGACGGGCAUCGUGGGCACCGGCGCCUAUGGGGUCGUGUACUCGGCCGUCGACACCAAGACGGGCGUCCGGUAUGCCGUCAAGUGCCUCAGCAAGCUGAACGCCGACGGUACGCCGCUGGACCGCCGCCAGAUCGCCUUCCAGACCCGGGAGAUCAGGUUGCACUACCUCGCCUCCACCCAUGCCAACGUGGUCUCCAUCCUGAAGAUUAUCGACUACCCGGACUGCAUCUACGUCGUCCUGGAGUACUGCCCCGAGGGUGACCUGUUUUACAACAUCACCGAGCGCGGGCAGUAUGUGGGUAAGGAUGAGCUGGCCAAGAAGGUUUUCCUCCAGAUCCUGGAUGCCGUGGAGCACUGUCACAGCCUGGGCAUUUACCACCGGGACUUGAAGCCGGAGAACAUUCUCGUCACGGACCGGGGCGAGACUGUCAAGCUGGCAGACUUCGGCCUCGCCACGUCGGCCGAGCGAUCCGAAGAUUAUGGCUGCGGUUCGACUUUCUACAUGUCGCCAGAAUGCCUGGACCACUCAUCAAGGAGGCCAUUUUACUACUGCGCACCCAAUGAUGUUUGGAGCCUGGGAGUCAUCCUGGUGAACCUCACCUGCGGACGCAAUCCGUGGAAGCAAGCAUCCUAUGAGGACUCCACCUACCGGGCGUACACCAAGAGCCAGGACUUCUUGAAGACCAUCCUCCCCGUGUCGGAUGAACUGAACGACAUCUUGGGGAGGAUAUUUACGCGGAACCCGGACGAGAGGAUCACGCUGCCCGAGCUGCGCGCUCGGAUCCUGGCCUGCUCCCGGUUCACCGAACAGUCGACCGCCCCGCUGUCGGCCACGCCUGCGUCGCCAGGCCACGCAACAACCACAGCAACAACAACAACACCAACAGCUUACGUUUGCGAGGAAUCCGUCAUGGACGACGACCAGUACGAUUACGACCACGAGGCGCCGCUCUCCCCGGCCUCUUCGGACGGGGAGUCGACGUGCUCGUCGGACGAAGGAUCCCUCACCUCAACCUGCUCCAGCAUCGAGGACCUGGAGGACGACGACUCCCUGGAGGACAUGCCCGAGGCCAAGACCCCGCCACCGCAGGCGCAAGUACCGCCCCUGGGAGAGCCGGCCAUCUACGAAGCCGAGGACCACUCGAGGGCGGCGCCGUUCCACCCGCCGCCGCCGCACCACCCGCUGCCCCUGCCGUCCCAACAGGAGUACCUGCAUCCCUAUUCUCCCGUGGCUGUCCCGGUCCCGGUCCCGGUCCCGGAGCCUGCGGUGCACGGCGUGUCCAUCCCCGUGCAGCCGUGUGCGCCGCCGCCGCCGCCGCCCAAGUUCCAGCUGCCGCAGUACGUCUGGGACAUGCUGCGGUACGGCCAGCCGACCCCGCCAGUGGUGCCGGUGCCGCAGCUGCACCACCCGGUCCCGUUCCACCACCACCAGGUUCCGCUGUUCGCCCACAUGCAGGGCUGCUACUAGCUUCGUUUCUUUACGUUUGUUGUCUCGGACUCCUCCCCCCUUUUCCCUUCCCUCCCUCCUCCACUCCACCGUCGUGUGGCGGUCGUGGGCGUUGGGUGGGGGGCCGGGG